CAAGUGUUCUGGCUGGUAGAGCCAAUCCCUUCAUAACCUGUUUUAUUUUUAAUAUGGAUAUGAAAAAUUCCUUAUAACUAGGCACCUACCGGUUGGCCAUCUUCUUUCGAUCUUACAGUUUCCUUUCUUUUCCCACUUAGGGUAUAUAUCCACACACACACCUCUUGUCAGAGAGAAUCCCCCCACAUCUCGUAAAUUUCAGCACAGAUGUAUAUACAAAAAGCCAUCUUAUUGGCACUUGUGGGAGUUACUGCCACAGUUCGAGCUCAGACAAACGAGACAAGCGAAGAGGAUGGCAGUCCGCUUUUGACGCCUUCCAAACCUCCGCUUACAGAGCCAUAUGUUGCUCCUACCGAGCCUAAAUACAAUUAUGCCGAAGUGAUGCACAAAUCAUACCUAUUUUACCAUUCCCAAAAAUCGGGUCAUUUGCCCUACCAAAGAUUGGCCUGGAGAAGCCACUCUUGCAAAAACUGCAUUGGUGCACACGGUGAAGAUUUGAGUCAAGGAUGGUAUGAAGCCGCCAAUACCAUGAAGUGGGGUCUUCCAUAUGGUUUUACUGCCACUCAACUUGCAUACAACAUCUUUAUGUUUGGAGAUGCUAUGAAGUCUGUUGAUGAAUUGGCCGAAGGUCUUGAGUUGAUGAAGUGGGGUGCUGAUUAUCUCAUCAACGCUCACCACAAUGAUACCCAUUUUGUCGGUCAACUUGGUGUAUCCGCGUUGGGACCCAUUUCCAAGCAAAUUGAAUUGGACGUUGAUUUCAAUUACUGGGGUCCUCCUGAGGAAUAUGAGGAUUGGGUUCCUACCGGUCUUCCUCAUACUGCUUACUACAGCUCUGCCGAUGAUCCGGCGUCUGAAAUUGCUGGUGAAUAUGGUGCAGCCAUGGCUGCUACCGCUGCUAUCUGGAGAGAAUACAACUCCACUUAUGCUGACGAGCUCAUUGAUCACUCUAUUCGACUUUACAAAUUGGCAACUGAACAUCCUGGUUCCUAUGUCAACAGUAGCCAAAAUGCAUUUGAGUGGGCUACCUUCUGGUACCCAUCCACUCGCUAUGAAGAUGAAAUUGCCUGGAAUGCAGGAUGGUUGUAUGCUGCUACCAAGGAUCCCCAAUGGUUGGAUCAAGCAAAAUAUUGGUACCAAAAGAGUAACGAGUCGUGGUACGAAUACUCUUGGGAUGAAAAGGGUGCCGGUAUGCAUGUUCUGAUGUAUACACUCACCAAGGAUGAUUUCUUCUACAACAACGCUGUGGAAUAUUUCGAUUUCUUCCUCCCUGGACCCAAGCAACAGGCCAAGUUCACUCCAAGAGGAUUGGCUUAUGUUGACCAUUGGGGCUCUGUUGGUUAUUCCGGUAACAUCGCUUUCUUGAUGUUAGCCUUUGCCAAGUCUUUAGGAUGGGAUCAUCCCAAGUCUAAGGAACUGACCACUUUUGCCAUCCAACAAAUCAACUAUGCUCUCGGAGAUUAUGGCUACUCGUGGGUCGUUGGCUUUGGAGACAAUUAUCCACAAAUGCCUUACCACAAGUCUUCCUACAACGCCUACAUCGAUUAUCCUAUGAGAGGAAGAUUCCAAGAUGAGGUUGAGGGUGAUUUCACUGGAUCCAAGACUAAGCAACGAUUCAUCUUGUACGGAGCAGUAGAAGGAGGACCUAAUAUCGAUGACACAUACCAUGACGAUCGUUCAAACUAUGAAUACUCUGAGGUGACACAAGACUACAAUGCAGCAUGGACCGGCGCCAUCGCAGGAUUGAUUGACUAUUAUGGCUUUGACAAAUUCGAGCCUUACACUGACUGUGGGUUGGACUUGGGCUGGACUCAUCCUAAUGCCUCUGCUCAACCCGUAUGGCCAGCGGAUGAUUGCUACCAUACCUGCAACAAGGGAUGUCCACGUGGCCAAAUGUCUUCCAGUCACUCAUGGAAGAUGUUGAUGAACAAGGUUAACUUUGACGGCACUCCGAUUACCAACCAGAAAUUAGUCAGUACCAGCAACAAGAAGGCGAAUGUCUCCGUCGCCGGGGAUAAGAACGCCCCCAAUGCUGCUUCCUCCAAAAGCAGCAGCGGUAACAGCAGCAAGGCCGUGGGAAGUCUACUUGGCCUUGUCAUGAUCAGCUUUGCUUUAUUGUUUUAAAUUAAAUCGAUAUCCCAUAUACACAUAAAAAUCGGAGAUACGGCUGUUUAGAAAUAGAAAGAAACAAUAGACGAAUAAAAAGCUCACGCCAUCUUUCUACAUCCUAAGCUGCCCCUAUUACUGAUGUCAUUACGGAAGCAU